CCUCGUGCUGGGACACACGCACAUACGUUCACGCCCUAAUCCUUCCCUUCUUUCCGCCGCUGCCAUUCGACAUCCGUUUCUUUGCUCUUUCAUCCACCCUCCCCCGCACCAUUAGCAAUAGAUUACAAGACAUUUCUCAUCGCCGCCAUCAGGACGGUUAUUCGCAUCAUCGUCAGCAUCCUCAUCAUCUUGGCUCAAAGGACCUCCCAAUAAGGGCCUCUGUGCUCAUCAUGUCCAACUUCACCGGACGUCGAGCCCCAAAUGUCUCGCAAUACAUUGCCAACUUGAACACGAUUCCAUCUCCCUACGAGGUCGCUGCGCAGCAACAGCAAGAGAACUUCAAUCUCGACGACGAUUUGGCCUUGUUCACCAACGCCCAAUUCUUCGACUUUGAUAUUGGCGAGACUGUCAACCAGCAGCCAAACCAGCAGUCCUACUACAGCGCCAAUGCUCAGGAAGCAUCUUCACCGGACAAUGUGCCGGCUGCCAAAGGAGCCGAAUUCCUAGGUGAAGAAUUCCAGUUCCCGGACUUCAGCGGCAUGGCCCACAUUAUGCCCAACACCCAGCAGCCUCACCACUAUCGCGCUCAGGAGCACCACGCACAACACCAGCCUAUUCAACCCAGCCCAUACCACCCCAACUCUGCUGUUCACAGCCCUGCGGCUUCCAGCCCGAUCGAGCCUCAAACUGGAGACAAGCGCAAGGCUGGUGCAUUGAACGAUUCUCUGUUGGAGGAUACAUCGCGCUUCGCGGCCGAGGAGGACAAGCGCCGUCGUAACACCGCAGCCAGCGCCCGAUUCCGGGUCAAGAAGAAGCAGCGAGAGCAGGCUCUCGAACGCACCGCCAAGGAGAUGACUGACAAGUGCACCUCGCUUGAGACUCGUAUUGGCCAGCUUGAGAUGGAGAACAAGUGGUUGAAGAACCUCAUCACCGAGAAGAAUGGCUCCAAGGACGAGAUCGCCGACAUGUGGAAGAAGUUCAACUCCGCCAACGCUGCGUCCGCAGACGAUGCCUCCCGAAGUACUUCUGCCGGCAAAGACGGCGUCGGCACCUCUGCCGACCUCAAGGCCGAGUCCAAGGCAGAGACCGCCUAAGGUCGUCGCGCCGCUUCCACAGACCCUCUGAAAAAAAUAUUUAAAAGUUGGUGUUUCGUCCAGUUUAUAAAUCGAUAUAUUCGUCUCUGAUAUAUCUGAUUUCGUCUCGCUUCUUGGCGCUUGUUGGAGCGCGGUUUUCUCGGUGGCGUUCACGCCAUCGUCGCAUGUAUUUCACCUGAGACGCUAGAUGUGGUUAUGCUUCUCAUCUCAUUAUAUAUCUUGUCAGGUAUCUUUCAAGCCAGUUUUUACGAUUCUCUUUUUUCUAUUCCCCCCACCCUUUUCUUAUCUACUCUUCUUGCCCAUAUACUUGCAGUUCCUUGAUAUAUCCUUUUUGUUCUUCUUGUUGCUGUGAAUGACUAGUCUUGUAUUUGGAAUUGGAAUUUCUUCUUUUUUCUAUAUGGCUAGUUUUUUUGUUAGUUUGCUUGUAAUCUUUUCUCUGAUUCUAGAGUCAAGUAAUCUACGUGCAAUGAUAAUUCACAACU